UUUGGUCUCCGACAACGAAUAUGGAGGCCAAAGCAGUCGACGCAAGUUCUUGCCUACUUGACCGAACUCAUCCAGAUAACGAGGCUGUGGAGCUUCAAGAAUGGAGAGCCUCGAUCCCAUCUCAGGGGAGUGCGAGCAAUACGGAAAGAGGUCAUGGAGAGAGCAGUCAUCUCCCAAGUGUUGGGGCCCAGUGGACGGGCAGUCAAGGCCAAGUCAGGAACAGCGAGGUUCCUUCACCAGUUCCUUCACCAGUCCCAGAACGUAUCCAAGAGAACAGCAGCGAAGAAAUUCACAACAGCGUCAUCCAAAUCCCAUCUUUGGCCCGGAAAUUUGGCAAGAUGGCAAUAGUCAUUCUAGCAUGCGGGCUGAUGUUGAUCUUCGGGGCUGUUGGAUUUUUAUGCUUUUUGUGGUUUGCCAACUCCGGGAAUUCAUUCUGGCACUCGAUUAUCGUCCGAGACUGGCUUGUCAAAGCCGUCACAAUCUCCUCCGAGGUGAUAAAACAGGCCGUGACAUUCCAGCUCGGUGUCGCCGGUGCUAUUUUGACAGCUUUAGCGUUGGAGAAUUUCCAAGUCCCAUUGCCACAGCUGGCUUCGAUUUCAAUCAUGAGGGCUGGGACUGGAAGUGGUCAACUAUUGUUUCUCUCGCGGAAAAGAUUUCAUCGGCAUUUCUUUAACAGCAAGAAGAUUGGGAUGACCGGCAUGGUGUUUGUGGCUACCACCAUCCUGGGCCUGAUUCAAGCCAUCUCGGUCGUACUAGUUAGUGAUAUUGGACUAUCGUCGAUCCCUGGGAAGUCCAAUUCAACAGAGCUGAACAUCGGCUUCACAUACUACAGCAACGAACAGGCGAAUGCCCCUCAAACUGAGAUCUUAACACGUGGGACUACCUGGUCGAGAAAGCCUCCAUUCUACCCGACGUUCGCAGAAUACAGCGAGCCACCUUUUGUUUCUCACGGGGUGGACGACACAGGGCUGACCUUGAGAGCCUUUCUUCCAUUCCCCGCAGCUCAGGACAGACAGACUAUCCGAACAUACAGCGGCAAAACCACAGUACUGGAUGCGCGUGUGACCUGCCAGGUACCAAUACUCUCCAAUGAAACCAUAAAGGUGCUCAACACUGAAACUCUAUUGCUGGAGGGCUCAUUUCAAGCCAACGCAAUCACACCUAGGCUUCAGAACUCAAUCAUUGGUUCCAGUCCUUCUCCAUCAGGGAGUUUCGAGGAGUCGGAAGCCUAUGGAGCGGCAUACCUGAUCUUGAACGUGACUCUUGGCUCAAGUUAUACCUGGGAUGCAGUUGCGGGAGGGACUCCUGUUGCUCCUCCAGAAUAUAGCCAAAAUGGAGAAUGGCUGGAUUUGGUAUAUUCCAAAGGAGACUUGGUACUCGGAGUAACUGUAUGCUAUUCAGCAUUUCGUACUGCAGAUAUUCCCGUCUUGGUUUCUAGCAACUUCAACCGGACCGAACCAGCGGCUUCCUUCGAUUUGGUCAACUCGAUGUACACAUUCAGCGAGAUCCGAAAUCAACUUGGCCAAGGACCCGAUCCCGCAUCUCUAGAAGACAGGGGAGUUCUACAAUUGGAGAAGAAACCAUCUUGGAUAGCAGAUGCCUCCGAUCUGCCUCCUGUCGAGCCUUUCGUUCGUGAUUUCGCGAACAUGCAAGGCCAAGCUGGAGGUACAUCUGGAAUGGCCGGGAAUUAUACCGCCAUCCUGUGGCAAGCCAGCCCGCCGAGUCAGCCGACUGCUCAACAGCCUCAAUUCAUCGCCCCGGAUCCAAUGCACGUCUGGCUGGUACAGGAGAUGUCCAUCAUUACUGUGCUAUCAAGCAUGGCAUACUAUGACCAAAUCGCUCAAUUCAACAACAACCAGACAGCCGAGGUGGAUUACUUCGUCAUUGCAAAUACUCCCCAACGCUACUGGGGGCUUUUGGCUGUGUGCACUGUCUUGCUGCUCCAUAUAAUUUUGCUACUCAUCGUCGUGACCGUUUUUGCGCGCGAGAGCCGGUUCUCCAUGCUGGGCAAUACCUGGCAAGGGCUGUCUCAAGCCGUUACUGAGGAGACGAGAGAUCACCUUUCCAUAGCCUCGAUGAUGACGGAUAGCGAAGUGGAAGAGAAAAUGAAGCAAGAUGGGGUGAAGAGGACGGUAGUAGGCCUCGAGAAAAUUGAUGGAUCGCGAGUUGUUGGUGUGGUCAGGAGGGUAGGGAAUAAUCACGCAGCCCAAACAAAGAUUCGCCUUCCUUCUGGGCGACAUGGGGAAUGAAUGGGGUGAGGACAA